UUGGGCCCCAAGUCUCCGAAGAUCAUGAUGGCGUAUAUGAACCCGGGGCCCCACUAUUCUGUCAACGCCUUGGCCCUGAGCGGCCCCAGUGUGGACCUGAUGCACCAGGCUGUGCCCUACCCGAGCGCCCCCCGGAAGCAGCGGCGGGAGCGGACCACCUUCACCCGCAGCCAGCUGGAGGAGCUGGAGGCGCUGUUCGCCAAGACCCAGUACCCAGACGUGUACGCGCGCGAGGAGGUGGCGCUCAAGAUCAACCUGCCGGAGUCCAGGGUUCAGGUUUGGUUCAAGAACCGCAGGGCCAAGUGCAGACAGCAGCGGCAGCAGCAGAAGCAGCAGCAGCAGCAGCCUCCAGGGGCACAGGCCAAGGCUCGUCCUGCCAAGAGGAAGGCGGGCAGCUCCCCGCGGCCCUCCGCAGUUGUGUGCCCUGACCCUCUGGGCAUCUCGGACUCCUACAGCCCCCCUCUGCCUGGCCCCUCGGGCUCCCCCACCACGGCAGUGGCCACGGUGUCCAUCUGGAGCCCAGCCUCGGAGUCCCCGUUGCCUGAGGCCCAGCGGGCGGGGCUGGUGGCCUCGGGCCCCUCUCUGAGCUCAGCCCCCUAUGCCAUGACCUACGCCCCCGCCUCUGCGUUCUGCUCCUCGCCCUCGGCUUAUGGCUCUCCGAGCUCCUAUUUCAGUGGCUUGGACCCCUACCUUUCUCCCAUGGUGCCCCAGCUGGGGGGCCCUGCGCUCAGCCCCCUGUCGGGCCCCUCAGUGGGCCCCUCGCUGGCCCAGUCCCCCACAUCCCUGUCAGGCCAGAGCUAUGGCGCCUACAGCCCCGUGGACAGCUUAGAAUUCAAGGACCCCACCGGCACCUGGAAAUUCACCUACAACCCCAUGGACCCUCUGGACUACAAGGAUCAGAGUGCCUGGAAGUUUCAGAUCUUGUAGAAGAUUCUGUCUCUACCGCGCUGCGGGCCUCCUGGCAGCCUGGAUUCUGGCUGUGGCACUGCCCAGCCCGACACAGCCGA